GAACACCCCCAAUACCGCCACCGAAACCAAACUUCCGCUUCAUAAAGUCAACCCAGUUUAUUCUUUCGAUUUCGACAAUGGCAGAAACACUGACCGAAGAUCAAGUUGCUGAGUUCCGGGAAGCCUUUUGUCUGAUUGACAAGGACUCCGAUGGCUGCAUUACUUUGGAGGAAUUGGCGUUGAUGAUCCAAUCUUUAGAUGGAAACCCCACAAAAGAAGAAGUUCAGGACAUGAUCAGUGAGGUUGAUGCUGAUGAAAGUGGCACCAUUGAUUUUGAAGAGUUCUUGAAUAUCAUGACUAGGAAAACGAAGGAAAAUGUUGCUGAUGAGAUAAAAGAAGCUUUCAAAGUUUUUGACAGAGAUCAAGAUGGAUUUAUAUCAUCAACUGAGUUGAGACAAGUGAUGAUAAAUCUGGGGGAGAGAUUGUCAAUGGAAGAAGCAGAGCAGAUGAUCAGAGAAGCCGAUUUAGAUGGAGAUGGACUGGUCAGCUAUGAGGAAUUUGCCAGGAUGAUGAUGGCUUUCCAAUAGAAAUGGAAAAAAAAAAAAAAAAAUCAGAAAUUGUACCAAUGUUUGUCGGAUUUUUCCUUACAAUUGACAUACGAUUUGUUUCGGUGAUGUCCAAUCAGAUAAAGUAUGUAUGUGCUCAUGCUAGAAGCAGUACUGGAAACUGUUAAGGGAAAAAGAAUAAAGGUUAUGUACAGUA